CCUAUGCUUGUGCAGCGUAGUCCCAUUCGCAUACUUACAUAUGUCGAGAUCAGUCGAGAUGCACUCGACCGAACAGACCGACAUGUCAGAUCUCGUCUGAUAGCUCUGAUAGUCACUAGUGGCUGCCAAUGGCCCCGUUAAGCUUCACGUAUUGUUGGUAUUGUUCCGUGAAUAUUGUCAAUACCGCAAAUAUCAAGAGUCUUUCCACACUACCGCGUGCCUUUGACGUUAUAUCUUCGGUGAUUCCUUGUCAGAAUAGCUACAGUCAAUCUAACCUGGUCUAGCUUCUGGGCACUUAGAUAUUGAUAAGCAAGAACAAGACUUUUUAACGACUACUGUGAUCCUAUAAAAGAAUGGCUGACAACGAGGAGACAGAGACUGGUCUGUGUCUGGAGGAGAGUACAAAGCCCGAGGAGACGCCGGAUCUCUUUGCUCCAGAAGCAGGUGCAAAAAAUCUGGAAACUGUUAUAUCUUCAGAUAACCAUACUAUUCCAGGAAGUGAAGCACCGUCAUCGAGUCUUGCCAAAGAUAAAACUAAAGUUGACAUUUUAUUAAAGGCAACUGCCAAUGCACCCAUCAUGAAGAAGAAAAAAUGGGCAGUCAGUCAGGAUCAGCAUAUCGGAUGGAUCUCAGAAUUCAUUAAGAGAUACUUAAAGCUUGAUGCUAAUGAAAGAUUGUUUCUCUAUAUCAAUCAAACGUUUGCACCACCUCCUGAUCAAACGGUCAGAAAUCUAUACGACUGUUAUGGAACUGAUGGAAAGUUGAUCAUCCAUUACUGCAAAAGUCAAGCAUGGGGCUGAUGGAUACGUCGAAGAGGUAUCUUUAACAGUGGUAAUGUCAAGAGUAUUUGGCCCAUACAAAUAUUAAUGGUUUCAGUUGCAUAGAAGUAUGGAAAUGUGCUCUGUAUUGUAAUCUUAAAGAACUUACAAGUGUUUUAACUGUCUUAAUAGAAGGACAUUUAUUUGUUACUUUAAGUUUAUUCUAUACAUCAAACAGUGAAUUGUAAAUAAACUCGUGAAUAGGCAUUAUUCGCGCUGAUGUAAUUUAAUAUGACAAAAAUAUAUUACCGUGCUUUCACUGUAAAGGCUCUCAUUAAAGUCGAUUAUUAUUUA